UCUAUUCACUGCCCCUCCUUCCUCAUUCCCCCAGGCAUACCUUCCUAGGACACAGAAGCCAAGAAGGACACCAGACCCACAGCUGGCUGCUGAGGGGUACCUGCUGAUAGACCUUCUGGGCAGUCCCCCGCUCCCCAGCAGGGAGAAGCAGAGGAGGGAGGAGGUAAGGCAGAGAAUAAAUAAUCCUGACCAGAGAGGCCCAAAUGAGGAGGCGGAGACAGAGAGGGCUGUGCUUCAGUGCAGCCUGCCCUGCCCGACCUCCUCAGGAAGAGUACUGGAGAAAAGGGCAAACGUUCCUUCAGUGCAACUGAGCCUCUACCUGCCUGGCACUGGUCACAGCUCAGCUUCCUCACUAUGGUGGUCCCCAGUGGCAAUGAAUCCAGUGCUACAUAUUUCAUUCUAAUAGGCCUCCCAGGCUUGGAAGAAGCUCAGUUCUGGUUGGCCUUCCCAUUGUUCUCCCUCUACGUUAUUGCUGUUCUAGGUAACUUGAUGAUCAUCUACGUUGUGCGGACUGAGCACAGCCUACAUGAACCCAUGUACAUCUUUCUUUGCAUGCUUUCUGGCCUUGACAUCCUCAUCUCCACCUCAUCCAUGCCCAAAAUGAUGGCCAUCUUCUGGUUCAAUUCCACUACCAUCCAGUUUGAUGCUUGUCUGCUACAGAUGUUUGCCAUCCACUCCUUAUCUGGCAUGGAGUCCACGGUACUGCUGGCCAUGGCCUUUGACCGCUAUGUGGCCAUCUGCCACCCUCUACGCCAUGCCACUGUGCUAACAUUGCCUCGUGUUACCAAGAUUGGCAUGGCUGCUGUAGUACGGGGUGCUGCACUUAUGGCACCCCUGCCUGUCUUCAUCAAACAGCUGCCUUUCUGCCAUUCCAAUAUCCUUUCCCAUUCCUACUGCCUACACCAAGAUGUCAUGAAGCUGGCUUGUGCUGACAUCCGUGUCAAUAUCAUCUAUGGCCUCAUUGUCAUCAUCUCUGCCAUUGGCUUGGACUCACUUCUCAUCUCCUUGUCAUAUCUUCUUAUCCUCAAGACUGUGUUGGGUUUGACACGUGAAGCCCAGGCAAAGGCAUUUGGCACUUGUGUCUCUCAUGUGUGUGCUGUUUUCAUAUUCUAUGUACCAUUCAUUGGAUUGUCUAUUGUGCACCGUUUUGGCAAGCCACAUGACUCCCUCCUACCUAUCAUCAUGGCCAACACCUACCUGCUUGUUCCUCCUGUGCUCAACCCUAUCGUCUAUGGAGUGAAGACAAAGGAGAUCCGGCAGCGCAUCAUACGUCUUUUCCAUGUGACCACCCACACUUCAGAUCCCUAGGGGUCAGUGAUCAAACUUCUUUUUCAUUCAAAGUCCUUCAAUUCAGAUAUUAAUAUCAAGAUUUUGGAAGAAAGUAUUAGGAAAAAAAUCUUCCAUAAUAAAAACACAAUGGAUCUUUCGAAGAUGAAACUGGUUGGAGAAUCUCCAUGUGGAUAGGGGCAGCAGAACCAUAUCCUCCCAAUCCCCAUUUUUCACUAUCAUUUUUCCUUUUAGUUCUUCUCUGUAUAUAAUUAUUAGGACCCCAAGGUGAUUGUGGUUGGAGGGUUAUUAGUCCCCAUUUAACCAUUCAGUCCAAAUCUCUAAAUUGCUUGCACUGAAAGUCCACAGCAUUCUGAGAUAAGUGUUGUAUGUCUAAAGAAUGUUUACCAAAGACUUAAACAUGGCAAAAGUAAAUGACAUAAGAAUACAAUACCAUCAGAUAAUCUGAUUUAAAACUAUAAUUUCCUCUUCAGAAUCCCCUACCAUGUUGGAUCUCAGAAAAAGAGACAUACCUGGAUUUCCUUCUUCAAGAUGACCUCCACAGAGAAUAAAUAAUUUCUUUUCUUCUCGGCACCAGCCCUUAAGAAGAGUAUUGGAAGUAAAACCGUGAAAAGACCACAGUUAUUUACAUUAAUUAAAGAUGACAUGUUCUGUUCCGAGAGUUUUCACAACCCAUUUAUACUUUUCCUUAUUUAAUUUUCUUAUCAAUCUUUUGAGGAAUAUGAUUAGUACUCCCAUUGUACCAAUGGGGAAAUUGAUGUUCAAUGGGGAUCAGUGAAUUACAUGAGGUCACGAAAAAAUUUAAGUCUUUGAUGCCCAAUCCCACAUUGUGGAGAGGGAGUGUUAGAGAGUCCAGUGGGGCAGUGAGUUAGACAUUUCCAGAGUCUUGCAUUUUCUAAUGGAGAUAUUUAAUUUCCUUUCUCACCCAUCCAGUAUUGUAUUUAGAAAUUUCCUGUUAAUGUUGUUGAUGGCUUUAAUCCCAGAAGUUACUGGUCCAUUUGCCAUUGUACUUGUGUAGUAGAAGCAGGAAUAUGUUUGAGUAAUUCCCAAACAGUGGCUAGUUUGGGAAAUAGCAUGAUUAGCUAUUUCAGUGGGGACAUUCACUGGAUAUCUGGAGAGACACUUUAUGGAGAGAUGCAGCUGAGAAUACCUAGAAGCUCAUGGCAGAAAUGGCAAGUCUACCACAGACCAGGGAGUCAAGAGCAGGAGGCAUCAUGAGACUGAGCAAGGCUGGUGGCCCAGGUGGCUAGUCAGGAAGCAAGGCCAAGGCAAGCAUGGGUCCACAGAAACUGAGAAGAACGUAUAAAGGGACAUCAUAUAUCCCCAGGGCUUUGAGCUGUUCUACUGGGGAAGCCCACAGCAUCAGUGCCCUGAGAACAAGACCACAGGCAGAGAUGAGACCACUACCUACAGGGGGAGUGCUACCUAAAAAAAAGGUAGGUGAGUGUGAGAAGCAGGUGUGAGAGCAUGGCACAGGCUAUCCAGAAUUUUCUGGCCAUGGCUUAGUAGCACAGGACUACUUGGUAGUGAGGGCAUGGAGAGAGCAUAGCUGAUUUCUUGGACUGGAAUCCAGAAGAUGAGAAUUGUGAGCAGCAUGGAAUCUGAUAUGCCCUGGUGAGUGGUAGCCAAAAGAACUAGGUGCAUAAGCUAGAGUCAAUGCAGACGUUGAUCAUUUUGGGCUGAGUGGAGGGUCAGCUCAUUGCCCAGGAAUGCCCUGAUAUCGGGAUUAAGAGAAAGAGAAAGAAUGAAAGAGAAAGAAAGAGGCAGAUCUUUUUUCUCAUUAGGAAAGCAAUGUGUGGUCACCAUAAACAAAAAUAUUAGACACUCUGAAAAUAUAAAAGAAAUAAAAAUAUAAUAAAAAAUCCAAUAAA